UUUCACAUUGAGAAGAUUGAUUUACUUAUCUCAAAAGGGUCGAGGGUGACGCUAUUUAUCAUUAUUAUGCCGUUGUCAAGGUGAUCAGCCAUAGUUACCCGGAAAUGGCUCAAAUGAGCAGUCCCAACUGUCGAAGUUUUGAAUUCUACAUGUAAAUACUCUAGUCUCUAUACGACACAAAUUUUACCGCGCGAUGACACAUCUUCAUCCAACACAGUUCAUAUCGAAUGUAUAUUCUGCUUUAUAAUUUCAUCAAAUAUCAAGAUAUUUUAGAACGACGCUUCAUUCCAUCAUUCAUGGUCUCUGGUCCCUGAGAGUCUAAGCGUUAACGUGGAAAGCAAGAAAAUACUAGAGUUUGGCCGUCAUCCCAUUCUGCAAACAUUUUGUUAAGCACGUGCAAAGACAUGCCACGAUAUGAGAUUUCAUAAUCGAAUAUGAAGACGAAUUCUCCUGCAAAAUGCUACUUCUAGUAAUCUUUCUUUUUACCUUCUUCAAAAGCAGUUAUUUAUCUGCGGAGUACCCCCAAGUGGUACCAUCUCCGUCCAUAAGUCAUGGACGAAAUAACGCUAUCAUGCGAGAGAAAGAAUGUUUUGUUGGAAAACUCUGCGAAUACGAAAUCCUGGCGGAAGACUUUUCUUGCAACGUCUCCGAAUAUGUGCCAUCCAGCGGACCUGAGCGGACCUUGCCAAAAUGGCUGUGGUUAGACAAAGAAGUUCAAACAGUAAAAGGCAUUCCUUCGCCUUCAGAUGAGGGCACUAGUGAACUAUUGAUUAUUGGAUUAAGAAGACACCAAUACAGCGCAAUAGGCAACAUCUGUGGCUUACUAACUGUCAAAAUUGUUGUUUGGUGUUUGAGGUAUUUUCCACUCUUUACUCGGGAUAUUCCUACGAGUGCCGUGAUUGACGGCGAAUUAUCAACGACUCCCCCCUGGAAAAGUAUUGCUUGUCAACCUAAUGAACCAAUUGUCUUGGCGUCUUUAGUCUUGGCUGGAAAUUUUCACGAAAUGGACGGAAAACGCAAGAUCAAUAUACUUGAUGAGCUUCUUCAAAAUGAUCACGUUUCUCUAUACGACGUAUUUAUAUUGUCAAGCACUGAAAAGGAAACAUUGUCAGGUUUGCUUCGAACGUCACAUGUGCUUGGCUCUGGACCUGGUGCUAAUAGAUCAAGUACUGGACCAAGCACGACUAUCACUUGGCUAGCCAGGUGUGGCAUCAUUCAUCUGGAUGAUUCACUAUUUCAAGCCAUUGAGCAACUUGCUCAGCGAUCAGUAUUAAUUAAUAAUAUCAGGUAUGCCCCCAUUGGGUGGCAUCUUGUUACUGGGUUUCAAAAAAACAUACGCAGGAAACGGAAUAUUGUUGGAACCACAACUCCCGCUUAUAGUACGAUUCCUAUCUCUCGAGCGACAGUUAUUACGACAAGAAUUAAGAUUACAAGGACCAGAUAUGUUAGUCAAACGAGAGCAAUUACGUUGUCCCGACCAUUACCAACAUUUUCAUCGCCAUUCCCUGCCAACAAUACAUCGUUGCUUAACAUGUCCACGACAGUUACAUCUCAGUAUAGCAACACACGAGACUCGUCACAGCAUAAAAACAUUAGUUCAACUUUGCCAGUGAUGUCUUUAACGAAUACUCUGUUUUCCUUAUCCCAGAUCAUAUCACCUUCGAAACGAGUAACGUCUGAAAUUUCACAGUACGAAAGCGUCAAUUCAAUUUCCUCAGUGAUGUCUGUAUCAAAAAAUAUGUCUCCUAUAUUACAAUCAUUGUCUUCAAGUCAAACAUUAGAAAUGCAGUCUGAAACUUUACCAGUUGUUUCUCAAUCAACAAACAAAUCUAUCUUGUUGGACCAAAUAUCGUCUUCAAAACAACAAGUAUCCGGAUCCAAGAUUUCGCACUCAACGAAAAUGUCUUUCCAUUUGCAAUCCACAUUGGCACAGACGCGCUCUUUCAACCUGUCCACUGCAUUCCAAUCUCCAUCAGUAAGAUCCUCGUUGACUACAAUUUGGAACCAAAGAUCUACCUACACGGUAGAACCUUCAAGGAGGGGUAUUACGUCAUCCAUACCACUAUCAGCUCUACAGACUGCAACAAACACCAUUGGUCCAUUUUCUACGUUAGAGGAUUCUCGCGGCACUAUUUCAUCUUCGAUUACCACCAGUUUGCCUAAAUCUGAACAGCAUUCAAUUUCAACUUUUAGAAUUUCCAGCCUGGCGAGUAGUGUAAAAACUGUAGUUGUGAAGUUAAAUUAUUCUACAAUUCCUCUACAGACAUCUUAUUCCAAGUAUAUAGACAGUGUUAAGCUUUUCUCAUCAAGAACAUACUCCCCUGCCUCGCAAAAUAUUACUACCAGUAGAAUUGUCAACGAAACCAAAUCAACAGUAAUAUCUCAAACAUCGUAUGAAAAUUCUAUAGUUGAAACAAGAUCUAGUACAGCAAUGGCAUCUUCUGAUACUAUUACAACUACACAACGACUUGAAACUCCGUCUCCAAGUCAAUCAUCUUAUGUUACAUCUUUAUCAAGCGAAACACGAUAUAAACCACCAAACCCAACGUCGACUUCGUUUCUGUCGUGUGCACAAAGCAGAUGUGAAUCCAUUACACGAAAACUGUCCAGAAGUAGUGUUUCUACUGCAUCUUUAUACCUAACAUCAAGUAUUGCCAGGGAAACCAUAUACAAGACUUCACGAAUAACUGGAACAUUGGUUCUGAAAACCGCAAAGGAAACACCACAAAGCAGUGACAUGGGAAAAAUAUAUUCAAGAACAUUAUUAACACCAAGAACAGUGUCUACAUCACUCGAAUCAUCCAACUAUAGAUUCUCAAAGAUAAUCAAGACGUCGGAAUCAAUUAACCCGAUGAUGUAUUCUUCACGGUCAAGUACUAUGGAAAGCAGCCAAAUAUCUUCAAGUCGUGCAAAGUCAUCGCAAGUUUUAUCCGAAGACCGUAAAGAAUCAAUAUUAGCUUCCAGUUCUACGGAAAAAUCCACGUCUACAGGGAGGACACCGCCGCAUAUCACGACUGAGCUCAGAAGUCCACACUCUCGCCUUAUCAAACAUUCUCCUGUAUCGUCUAUUUCUGUUCAAAGUAGAACAAUUCAGUUUGGUUCACCCAUCACGAACAUUGUCCCCAGCCCCUCCACUUUAUCGCUCUUCACACUUCCUUUUUCUGGAGUGAUUUCUACUUCAUCAUCGAUUUUCAGCUCUAGAAUUGCGACCACGUUCUCGUCUUUUCAUUCAUAUACCUUCUCUGAUCAUUUAUCAAAAUUUCAAUUAUCAAACAAAACAACUACUUCCACAUCUCUUGUUGUUACUAGGAGUCAAUCAUCUCCCGACCAGCAAUCAGCUUCUCGUUCGGCCAGUUCUUCAUUAACUGUUAAUACCGUCACUUCUUCAUCAGACUUUUUAUCUUAUGCAGCAGUUACAUCACCAUCAACUGUUUUAGGAAGUUCCUCACCAGUAUAUCGUACACCUUUAUCAAGAUCAUUAGACGUUACAUCCACUUCCUCUUCACACUUUCGAUCAUCGUACAAGAUUAGUACACCAAUAUCAAACGCUACUACUUUCACCUCAUCAUUGUCAUAUCUUUAUACACCUACACCGCCAUUAUCGGUCAUUUCCACCGUCCCUUCGUCGUUUUUUUUAUCAACAUACUUAUCCGAUUUAACAUCAACUAUUGUUGCAAGCAAAUACCGCAGAACAUCAUCUGUUACUACAACUUACCUCUAUAACGACUUUUCCCAUAAUACAGAUACUUCACCUUCAACCAUCGUUGCAAGCAAAUACCGUGCACCUUCCUUAUCAUCAUCUGCUACCACAACGUCCCUCUUUAGCAAUCUUUCCUUUAAUACAGACACUUCAUCAUCAACACUUUUUACAGGAUUAAACACUAACAGUUUGUCAACAUAUGCUCUUUCUAUAACUCCAUCAUAUUUUCUAUUAACUGGUCAAACUUCACAUUUACUUGCAACUUUGGCUAAAACCAUUUUUUCAUCACAAGCUCUAUCAACUUACUAUAUAUCCACCCCGCUAUCUAGUACUGUUACAACUCCCAGUACAUUCCUAACUUCUUUAAAAUUCUCAUACCAAACCUAUUUUUCGCCAUUGUCUUUUGUUAAUUUUUCGUCCUCAUUUGUCUUACCAACUUCGCCCUCAGUCGUUGUUACCACUGCAACUUUAUCAGACUAUUUGUUUUCGUAUCAUACCUUGCAAACAUCUACUGGUACCACUAACCCUUCUUUACAAUUGCUAACAUCCAACUCAUUUACCAGUCGACCAACAUCAGACUUUACUAUCAUAAAUGAAUCAAACUUACCAUCAUCUUACUAUACACUUGUCUCAUCAUCUCUUAUUCCACUAACUUCACCGGUGUUCCUAUCAUCUCACAAGAUAGCACCAAUAUCAUCUUUUGUUGUUACAACAUUGCUGUCACAUUUACCUACCAUCACUACCUCCAUAGAUGGUAUUGACAAAAAGAGCUUCACAACGGCAUCUCCAGGCAGUACAUUAUCAUUCAAAACACCUUCAUUAGCACCACAGACACUUAGUUUGUCUUUUCUCUCCUCAUCAACAGCUUCCAGUCAACCUUCCAUUACCCCAGAACUUUCAAUAAUGAUGCCCUCGGCGUCCUCAAUUUACACGUCAACGAAGUUAUUACUAUUUCCCUCGACGCGGCUUUCUCAACCAUCUUACCCAUCAAAACAGAGCCCAAGAACAGUGUUAUUAACUCAUACCUCAGCAAAGAUGCCAGCUAUAACAUCAAGUCCUGGACAACUUUCAUCCACUACCUCAUCCCAGUCGAGUUCUAGCGCUGUGACAUCGCCCACAACUUCAUUAAAAGAAUCGCCAAAGUUAUACAAUGAUUUUGAUAGCCUUAGUGUGAAUGUUGGUGAGGUUUUUAGUGUAAAAAUACCAGCGGAUACUUUUCAUGACAGAGAAGAUGGCAACACGCGUAACCUCAGAUUGGACUGCCUUACUGUAGAUCAUGAAAAGCUUCCUAAGGAUUCAUGGCUACAGUUUAACUCAACGACACAAAAACUUUAUGGUUUGAUUUUGAAAAAUCAACUUGAAGGGCAUUCAACUGAAUACAUUCUAACAGCAAGUGACAACGAUGGAAACACGGUGUAUGAUGCGUUCAGUGUUAAUGUUGAACGUCGUACGAUACCAUUGGCUGCCAUAUUUUCAGUAAGACUGACAAAAACCAAUCUUGAGAUGUUCAACAAAGAUCUUAGUAAUAUUCUAUCAAUUGUUCAAAACAUAGCUGGCUAUUAUGGUGACAAAGACGAGUCUUUGGUUCGUGUGGAAUCUGUUACCAAGGGUUCAGUUCUAUUCACUUGGAGAAACACCACCUUUAAAAGUUGUGAUAACGACUUGAUAAAUGAUACAGCAAGCAAACUCGUAACCACACAAGGAAAUAUACAACCAGAUUUCUACAACGUUUUCUUGCCAAAGUUUAGAGCAACUGACGUGUUUAUUAACUAUACAGGCCCUUGUGCUGUAUCUUCCACAAAAAACCCCAGAGCCGCUGAACUAUCUUCUUCCGAGACUUCUCCAUGGUUGAAAUAUGUUCUCCCCGUUGUUUUGGUGGCAGCAGUCAUAAUUAUUAUUGCUGUAGUUUUGCUGGUUUUAAGACAACAUUCAGGUUCGAAAAUAUUAAAAGAAGAUAAGCAGAUAUUCAAAAGACGUAAACCGACCAUUUUAGACGGUGAACUAGAGAUGUCAACUCUUUCUGGUAAACCAAUUGAAUUACCGGAAGAUUCUCUUACUCCAAUCCGUUUUCCCCGGGAAACACCUCUUGAGACGCCAGAAGAUUACGAGGAUGAUAUUCCAAAAUUACCGUCACCUAUUUUAUCCGCGCCUUCCUAUCAGAGAUUGUCUCCUAGGUACAAUGAUAAAGGAUCAAAUAGAUAUGACUCACCACCUCCUUCUUACAGAUUACCACCGUCAUAUUAUAGUAGUAUUGCGUGAAGACUCAAGCCAGAUUAAAAAGAAUACCUAAGAAAACAGAGGGAGAAGGCUCAGAUAAUUUUUCGGUAACCAAAAAACGACACUUUUUACGACUGAAAAAUCGCACAUUCGCAUCGUUCCGCUCCCGAAAAUUUGUUUUUAAUUGUUACCAGAAACAGAGAUUAAAUCGAAAAUAGCUGUCGCGUAUAAAUUGUGUAAAAAAUAUCGUUAAUUUAUUUCAAGAAAAUAACGAAUAUCUAUGUGUAAUUUUAUAUAUCGUGUAUUAUAGAAUAGUGGUAAAUAUAUA